AUGCACAGCACGCUGCCCCAGCCUUUAAAGAGAACACAGGCAUCCGUGUCGGAACAGCAUGGCCUGCUGCAGCCUCGCUUACUAAGCGAAAUGGAAGCUAAGCAGCAUUCGAUCAAGAGUCUCAAGAGCUAUCCGGAGGCGGGCGGCCGGAGCUUGGCAGCGGCUGCGGGUGGGGACGUCGGCAGCGGCGGCGGGGGAGGUUACCGUGUCGGCAGCGCGGAAAUGGAGAUGGAGGCUAAGAUACAGAAAGCAAUUGACUUCAAAUUGGAGGGCCACCGCUGUUACAAAGAGAAAAAAUUCCGGGAAGCUAUCGGAAAAUAUCACAGGGCUUUGCUGCAGCUCAAAGGGAUUCACGUUGCCGAUGGGACCACGGGAUCCGAGGUGAACCUCCUGAACCAAGCCGCUGCUAAGCUGACAGAGGAGCAGCGGCGAGCUGUGGAGAGCACGGAGAUCGAAUGCUACGACAGCCUGACAGCAUGCCUGCUGCAAUCAGAGCUGGUGAACUAUGAGAGGGUAAAGGAGUACUGUCUAAAAGUACUGGGUCACCAGCAGGACCAUUUUAAGGCCAUGUACCGCGCCGGAAUCGCCUUCUAUCACCUGGGAGACUACGAGUGUGCCCUGCGCUACCUGCGUGACGCCAAGUGCCGUGAGCCCACAGACACAAACGUGUUGAGGUACAUUCAGCUGACGGAGAUGAAGAUGAGUAAGAGCGGUCAGAGGGAGCGUGAGAGCGGGAAAGAGGCGCUUGGUUAA